AUGAGCAGCCAAGCAUAUAGUAUUUUCAAACGCAAGGGGUCAAAGGGCUGGCACGUCUUUGACGGCCACGUGGACACCGUGGCGCAAGCUCGGAUGUAUGGCCAGCUCCGCUACACGCUGGGCUCGGAGCCCACCAAGAUCACGCUCUCCACCGCCAUAGCAGACUUUGAUGACGACGAGCGCACUCUGUUCGACACCACCACCAUUCCCCUAUCAUUGACCGGCCAAGAGCUUCUGGUAGCUAACUCUGAUGCAUUCGUCACCAGCUUUGCUAUCAUCCACGGGCCGAACACACGGAUUGAAGCAAACGAGCGCGCCAAGGGCAUGGGCUGGAAGUUCACUGAUGCAUCAGACACAAAAUACAAGUGGGCGGUCGAUAUGCGCACAAUGAAGUGGGAGUUGCAAAACAGCAGAGGCAUUGUGGCGACUUUCAGCGCUGGGCUCUUUGAUACUCAGGGGUUGGGCAUUUAUCAGUAG